CAAAACCUGGAUUCGUUGUACUUACAUAGGUGCGAACACCUUGAACGCGCACAGAUUGAGCGUUAAUACAGAUGCAUUCAAUCGCUCGACCUGUUUGAGUUCCUCUGAAGAUAAAGAUGAAGAAGCAGAACGUGCGAACGCUCUCUCUCAUUAUCUGCAUGUUCUCGUACCUGCUUGUGGGCGCCGCGGUCUUUGACGCGCUGGAGUCCGACACCGAGAGCGCACGAAAACGCAUCUUAGAGCAGAAACGCAGCGACAUGAAGAGGAAGUAUCGCUUUACUGAAGAUGACUAUUGGGAGAUCGAGCGAGUAGUGCUGCAGGCAGAGCCACAUCGCGCUGGAAGACAGUGGAAAUUCGCUGGAUCGUUUUACUUUGCCAUUACAGUAAUCACCACGAUUGGUUAUGGUCACGCAGCACCUGGCACAGAUGCUGGAAAGGUCUUUUGCAUGUUCUAUGCUGUUCUGGGCAUCCCUCUAACACUGGUGAUGUUUCAGAGUCUAGGUGAGAGAAUGAAUACAUUAAUGCGCUACCUUCUCAGUCGUAUCAAGAAAUAUAUAGGCCUUCAUCGGACAGCGGUUUCCAUGGAGAACAUGGUGUUGGUGGGCUUCUUGUCCUGCCUGGGGACUCUGUGCGUGGGGGCCGCUGCCUUCUCCCACUUUGAGGGCUGGACAUUCUUCCAUGCGUACUACUACUGUUUCAUCACUCUCACCACCAUUGGUUUCGGGGACUUUGUGGCUCUACAGAAGAAGGAGGACCUCCAAGAAAAGACACCUUAUGUGGUUUUCAGUUUCAUGUAUAUCCUCGUGGGCUUGACAGUGAUCGGAGCAUUCCUCAACCUGGUGGUGUUGAGGUUCCUCACCAUGAACAGUGACGAUGAGAAACGGGAUGCCCAGGAACGGGCCUCUUUAAAGAGGGGUCACAACAUCACUGCCAUGAAUGCCAGGCGAGAUAGUCACAGCCAUAGCAACUUGUUCUUGCCCAUGGAAGACGGCACAAGUCGCACCAACCUCAUCUUGUCGCCAGCAGAAGAAUGCGGUCUGUACAGUCCUUUGCCCCUGCCGUUACUUAAGAAUCAACAGCGACAAAAGUCCCAGCUGGGCUUGCUGUGCUCCUGCGUUUGCUACCGUUUGGGCCUCUGUGUCAGCCCUGUCCCAUCACUCCACAAGUGCCCUGACUCACAUAUUAACUAUGUGUACUACAACUCCGUGUCCUACCGAAUCAGAGGUGGUUCUUCAACCAGGGACAAUACAGUCCUAUCCUCUCCAGGCAGCUCUCUUUCUCCUGGGCUCAGCUUUAGAGAGCUGCCGCACUUACGGAGGAAAUCUGUGUAG